AUGGCAGAAUUAUUUGAACCAGUACCAGAAAAUGGUAGAGAUUCACAUGCAAUUGACGUCGAUCCGUUCAACCCGCUGAAUCCGUUACCGCCGAGAUCCUUUUCUGGCGAUACCGCUCAAGUAGCUAAUGUAAACAGCCAGGCCUCUGCACCGAAGUCUUACCCACGACUGCGAACACGAGGGAGGCUGACAGAUUAUCAGAAAAACGUGUUGGAGCGACUGUUUGCUAGAUCACCGUACCUGACUUCCAACCAGUGUAUGGAGGUAGCUGCUGUGUUGGGGAUACCAAAACCAGCUUUGCAGAAUUGGUUCAAGAACAAACGGUACCGCAUGAAGCUGAAGAAGGAGUCUCAGAAGAACGUUGCAAGGUGUAUCACUCCAGCUCUCAUGGUACACUGCAUUCAAAAUUCAGGUCCUGUACAAAAUAUUUGCGGGGAGGCUCCACGAAGUCUACAGUUUCCCUACAGUAACAACAUUCCUCAAAAUUGUGAUCAAAGCAAUUGCUUUCUUUCAGCUGCUGCAAGCUCAGCUAUGUAUAACUAA